GUCUUGCUGUUUUCUGUGGAACAGUGUUUAAAAAAUAUAGCAUCGAACUAACUGGUCUUCUUCAAUAUGUUACCAACCAACUGAAAGCUGGCAAAAGUUCUGACUUACUUGUUUUAAGAGAGGUUGUACAGAAAAUGUCGGGGAUUGAGAUUUCAGAGGAAGUGACCAUGGAUCAAAUUGAAGCUCUGUCAGGAGGAGAGAUGCUUCGUGCUGAGGUGAGACAGAACAGAGGUUCACAAUUCCACUACCGCUACCAUCUGCAUUAUUAAAGGACCAUCAACCAAUCAGAUGCUUUGAUAUAUCCGAUUAACCAAUCAGAUGCGUUUGAUAUAUCCGAUUAACCAAUCAGAUGCGUUUGAUAUAUCCGAUUAACCAAUCAGAUGCGUUUGAUAUAUCCGAUUAACCAAUCAGAUGCGUUUGAUAUAUCCGAUUAACCAAUCAGAUGCGUUUGAUAUAUCCGAUUAACCAAUCAGAUGCGUACUAAGCCAGUGAGAGGUAGUGGCAGUGGAAGUCAAAUAUGAACGUCUCUGUAGUGGUUGAAAAAUCGCACAGAAGUGUUAAAAUUUCUAUAGAACCAAUAUCGUCCAGUCUAACAAGGUGAUGCAUUUGUUUAGUUUGUAACGCAGAUGAAGUGUCUCAUCACUUCUCUCGUGAGAUCAGGAUGAGAUAAUUUUUUAUUUUUAGCCGUACUGCCACGUAUGUAAGCUGGUAAAACCUAGAUAAAGUACAUAAAGUAUAGUUUUUGGAAUGGCAUUCAUUCUGUAUCCUGAAACGAGAAGUACGAAGGAGGAGCACGUUUGCAUGUACAAACACAGAAUUGACUCCAACAUUCUUUAGUCCCAUCUCAUCCUAUCAGUGCAAGCAUGUUUCCUACCAAGACAUGUCGGAUUUACACAUAUAGCUACUUUAUUAAAUAGUUUUCAAUACUCUUGGGUAUGGCAAGUUUGCUGGGCAUAUGGUACCAGUAAAAUGUAAGUACGCAGAUAGUUACAGUCCAGCGUACCUACGUAGUACUUAACUUAAAACAAAGAAGUACGUGUACCUCCGGUACGUAAGUACAGGAGUUAUCGCACCCUGAAAAUGCAUGAGAAUAUACAAUUAUAUUUUAUGGUUUCCGUGUUUUGAUGGCCUGAUCCAAACACGCGGGAAUGUUCUUAACUCGGGCAACAUUCCCACGUGUUUGGAUCAGGCCAUCCAAACAUGGAAACCAUAAAGUAAUUGUUUUAUAAAAUAACAACUUUCCGUGUUAAAAUUUCACUUUAAAAAUCUUUCACUUUAAAUUUCCGUGUUUGGAUGGCCUGAUCCAAACACGGGUUUCGACCAAUCAGAGCACGCGUUAUAUACAUGUUAUUUUAUAAAAUGAACUCUUCUCACGUAUUGAAAAGCUACUGGGUUUUAAACUAUCCUUCCAUAAACGGCCUUCAGUUUGUCGCUGUAACCAGCUGGUGCAUGUUGCUUUAAAAGGUCUUCCUCCUUGCAAUUUUAGGGCGGUUGGUUUGGACAGAUAAGAAAUACGAAGAAAUCCUCUCAAAGGUUACGGGAUACUUUAAUGGACGGCGACUUGGCUUUUCCACUUUGUAUACUAAUGGCGCAACAACGAAAUUCUGUCAUUUUUCUUGAUGAACCUCCAAACAGACAUUUAAAGCUGGUUGGCAAACUUUAUGACCAGGUUUGUAUUCUAUAUGUUUUAUGAUACGUGACGUGACAUUGUGAUAUUUGACAAUUAUUGAAUGAGGUUGAGCACGAUAUGAAGAAUUAUUAUAUGGCUUUUCAAAAUUCUCUAUUCUGAUUGGUUGACAAGCGAUCCGUAAAAAUCCAUAUCCGGACCGUGGUCCGUAUUUUCCGUAUCUGGACCGGUGUCCCGGAUGUCGUUUAUCUGGCGGGAAAUUUUUGCUUUGCAAACAGAAAAAAUUUUUGCUUUUUAAUUUAUUUUCCAAUUGUGCUUUACCUGUAAAACAAAAUUGUUUUUGAUUGAGCAUGCAUGCCCACCGUAUAUUGUUACCCAGUGAAACUGACGAUAGCCGAUUUAAUUCGCGCGAAAAGCAUAAGCUCACAGACCCAGUUCAGCCAUAUAAUAAACCGAUUAUUGACCUCGCUUGUUCGAUCUGUACUGUGAAAUAUCAGACCUCUGUUUUUUUGCAUGGACCUCGCUCCUUCGUCGCUCGAUCCAUACUAAAAAACCUCGAUCUGAUAUUUCACAGUACAGACCUCACGCUCGGUCAAUAAGCCGUUAUUAUCAAGCCCUCAGUUUGCCGUUAUCAACCGAAGCCGAAGGCUGAGGGCUUGAUAAUUCUUCAAACUUCAAAUUCUUCAAACUUCAAAUUCGGCAAACUGAGGGCUUGAUAAUUCUUCAUAUUGUGCGAAAACCGAAUUCAAUAAUUGUUUUAUUAUUUAUUUAAAAAAUUCAAAACAAACAUUUGUAUUUUAUUUGUAUUAAGAAAAAAACAAUUCCUUAGUCCUUCGGCAGCCGUCGUUGCGUCAUAUCAAUGGCGUCAGCGAGUCAAUACGAUUCUCGUCGUCAUUGUAAUAUGGCGCAAACGCGUCCAAAUCGACUCUUUGAUGUCAUUUUGCUAAUAUGAAUGUGAAAAAUCCGUAUUUGGUUAGCCAUUGAGUUGAUAUGACAAUUUCACAGUUAGCUGUUAGCCAUGAAUUUUUUAAAUAAAUAAUAAAUGUAAUUAUUCGUUUAAAUGAUGAAAAAGAGGGUCUAAGGUGAUUGACUUGUAGGUCAUACAUACAUAUUAAAUGUCAUGUAAUAUACACAUAAUAUUGCACGUUCCACCAACGGUACACACAUAGAUGUUUUGUUUCUCGGCAAUAAUUUCUUAGCAAAACUUAAAAAGAGAUGGAAUCAUCAGCUGGAUACCAUGGCAACAUAAACAUUCGCGUUCACUUCUAGACUAAGAAAUAUUUAAAAAAUAUUUUUCAUCACAACAGCGAUCUGUCAUGUGAAAAGUUUCGUAUCAAAUGUCGACUAAGUUCUGUUUCUAAAAGUGCAUGUUUCAUUACUUUCUAGUGUCACGACACGAUGGUUCAGUUUGGUGGAUUUUUAGCGACUCAAUUAAAUAGCGAAGAUUAUGAUAAUAAUUUACCUCCAUUAGAAGAUCUCGUUCAAAACUUUUAUGUAACUCAAGAUGCUGCAUUCUUUUUAGCAAGACCAAUGUUUGCUAAUAAAAUUCAGGUAUGAAUUAGAUUUGAUACCCAUGUCAUACGAAUUUGUAAACUAUGAGUUUCGCCUAACGUCAUCUUCGCCUGUUGUGUAGAUUUUGAAAUUUUACACAAGAUUUCGUUUGCAAUUUUAUUUUUUCUUAACGUGGCGAACAUCUCUUUGUUCUUAUAGUUUCUUUGCAUGGAAAUGGUUGCACGCUUGCACACCACCUAUAUUGUUUUACUGUUCAACUGUUUGAACAAUGUUAAAUGUUUACUUGCCCAGAGAUUUUAAACGAUGUAUAAUGAAGCCGCAACUCAGAAAAUGUAUAGUUACUCCGUAGGAAGAAUUUGAGAAAGGGAAUCACAAUCACAUUAAAAAGAGUCCGGUUUCAGUAGAGAUUUACUGUAAAUGAUCAUCUCUUGCAUGAAACAAUUUAGAAGUUUUUCGUUGUCUCUUUCUGAGGAAUCUAAUCCGUCUGUAAUGUAAAAACCACGGCUGCACUAUAGUCAUUCGUGGACAGCAAAGAGUGUGUUGAAAUGAGUGUGUGAUAUAAAAGGCAAGAACGUUCGAAAUUGGAUGAUAUAACAGCUUCACAUUAUCUUUAUUGGCAUGCAUUUAUUAAUUGGCAAUGAAGGGCUCCUGUUCUGUUAAUAUUUUAUGGAGAAUUUGCAUCGAUGUCAUGAGAUUGUACGCAGACUAAGUUAGGGUCACUCGAUUGUUUGAACUAAUGUAUUAAGCAAAAUGAUUGAAUCCAUGUAUGUGGUAUCUGAUGCAAUGUGCAACGGUAUACCAACGUAAACGCGGCUGCUUGAUUAUUCGCUAUGAUAAGAUGUUUGUUUUCAGUCAAACACGAUUGCAUAUAUCUGUCCAAUUCAAAAGCUGGACGCAGGUGCAACCUCAGUCAAAUUCUUCAUUCACAGUUUAUUGUUUCAAUAUAGGCAACAUUUGAAGAAACCCAGAAGAGCGAGAAAUCCAAGAAUUUAUCACAAAAAGUAAGUGUUUGCUGUUAAUAAUUCUCCAAGAGAACAACAAGUUUAUAUUAGCAGAUAUUUAUUAAUGCUUUUUAUCAUUUCAGCAAAUCUUUAAGCUGUAUAUAAAUGCUGUGAAUUCAGUGUUGGAACCUGUCACACUAAACGUUGUAGAUCUUCAUCCAUUAAGAGUUUGGAAUAAUAUCAGGUAAUAAUGUCAAGGAACCAGGCGCAGACUAAUAAUACUGUAUACAGCUGUACAUAUAAUGCUGUACAGCAGACUAAUGAUGCUGUAUAAUGCUGUACAGUAAAAAUUUUCAUUGUACUCUUUAUCCACACGUUGAUUGCAUGAACAGCAGUCUAAUUGAAUUGACAUAUUUGAAAUGACAAAGCGUUGUCAUGGUAACUAGGUGUUUAACCCUGAUUGCCUUAUCGAUACUUCUUCGCUUCACUAGCUGAAAAUGAAAUUGAAAGUCGCCUGGACAGGGAAAUCAUUUCGAAUUUUCUUUGAUACGGACACAUUCAUGCAACAAGCUCCUACUGGCAGCGUAAAAGAACAUUAUUUAUUAUAUAAACAUAAGUGUUAUAUAGAGUUUUUGGCCACUGAGAAUAAUCGUAUUUAAACACACGUAAAAAAUACGAUAUUUUUACGUGUGAAAAUAUCAUUUGUUGUAAAACGCAUUGCCACGGACGUUUUAUUGUUUUUCACUGAAUUUUGUUUAUAUAAUAAACAGAAAAAUACAUGGGUGCUUGGAAAUAACAGAUUUAUUUCUCGUGUUGAACAUGAUAUCUCACUCGUUCGCAGCGCUCACUCGUGAGAUAUCAUGUUCAACACUCGAAAUAAAUCUGGUAUUUCCGCGCACCCAUGUAUUAUUCUCUAUAUCACUGAUUUCAUAUCAUAUUUUUUCGCCCCCUGUUAAUCCAGAAAAUGGGGCACUUUUCCAUUUCUUUAAACAGUUCGAGAGGAGCGUCCACUUAGUUCCAGUUUCUUGUCAUGGUAAUUGUGGCCAUAGUACUGUAUCAAUUAUGCAUCGGCCUGAUUCCAUCAACGGUUUUUCUUUGCGAAAUUCAAACAUUUUGCAGCGAAGUGAUUUAAUGCAUGCGCUAAUUAAUAAAUUUGGCUUUGGGGGAAAAAUUGUUUCGCCAGUGUGCUACAAGUGUAUUUUGAAGUUCGUUCCACUCAAUGGGGAAUUAAUUCAAUGAAAAAAGCGAGAGAGACAUGCAUGUCAACAGAAUCACGCAAGUUCGGUUAUCCAUGCGAAUUGUAUUCAAGAAAUAUUUCGCAGACACAAAUUUUCGGGAAAUAUGUCGGCGUUGUUCUAAUAUUAAAAAAUAUUAUUCAAAUUUAUAGUUACAGUAGUACAUUAGGAUAUACACUAAUUCGCAAGUAGCUUUAGCUAAUCUGGGCGAUUGUGUGGAUAACUAUACAAAUAUUAUAUUAUAGCGAUGAUAAUUAAUAAGCUUUUUUUUUAUUCAUCAUUAUAUACGAUCCGAGACGCGUAAUACUUUUCACAGCUUCACCAAUCAAUGCAUUCUCACAGUUAAUAAUAGAAAUGCACUCAGUUCACUGGGAAUAAUGCACAUCAAAUAUUAAACCUAUUAAUAAAAUUUAGCCAUUAUUUUAAUUGUAGUAGAUAUGUCAAGAUAAUAGAAUCAGGUCUUCAAUAACAUGCAGGCUUUUAGCCAGAAGGGCGUCCUGGGACGGGACGCCCCUAGAACAAAAAAUGGACGCCUUUGGACGCCCAAAUUCUGGGAGAAAAGGGAAAUUAUUUUCAAUUAUUUCCCUAAGUAUAUUAAUAUAUCUGAAACGAAAUAGCUUCAAUUCUCAUUAUUAUUAUACAUUUGACAUUUUGAUCAAUAUAAUGGUGUACCUGGCUGAAUGAAAAUGUCAUUAGUAAACAAGCAUAGCGGCAGAAACUCACAAAGCCAAGUGUGUUUAAAAAAUUUCGAACGAGCUUGGAACAGAUUCUGACAUGAAGUAACGUCAACUUCAAAGGUUUUCCAGAGGAACGUUUUCUCGAAAACCCCCUCCCCUCCCCCUCCCUUACUGUAGAUGUAUCGUUAUACAAAAAUUGGACGCCCUCUUUUAGGAUCCUGGCUAAAAGCCUGAUAACAUGACAUGUUUUUGAGCAGUUCUAAACUUAAUUUUCAGCCCGCAGUUAUAUGUUGCUUUCUGGUCUCUAACAAUGUACGACCUCCAUGUUCCUGUGGAGCGUUAUGACGCGGAGAAAUAUAAAAUGAAUGAUUUGUUGAAUAACUUGGAUGAGAACAAGGAACUGGUAAUGUUUGUUUUCAGCAGUUCAAAAUAGUGUACAGUAUUCCCAAAUAAUGCAAAUGUUGGUGGUCAAGACUAUGUGUCCAAUUUAAUAAAUUAUUGAGUAUAUGUGUCCAAUAAAUAUAUGAGAGGAGCCUCCUAGGUGAGGCCUUGGCAUUGGGUUUCCGACAUCUUGCCUAGUAUAGGGCUUGAAAUCACAAACCAAGCCUACUGAUAGGGCUAGCUUUUAAUGUACGGCUCAUUGUAAACAUCGCCUGAGGCCUUUUCAGUUUGAAAUGAUUGCAACAUUGCGUUAUUCUAAUUGUGAUUUAGAACUCGGCUAGUAAGAAGAAAAAAGAAAAGGAAAGGUGUUUAGGUGCAAUCGAGAAACUCAAAGAUGAACAGAGGGAACAAGAACAACAUACCCAGAGAGUGAAGGAAUGGCUGAAACAUGAACAAGAUAAUUGGAUACCUUCGAGUGAGUAAAGUCGCCAAUGGCGCCAGAAACGUAGGGGAUUCCAGGACAAGCUUUAUUCAUGAUUAGUUUAUAGAACCAUAUAUUGGGGAUGGGGGUGGCGGUCGUUCUUCCCCUGUACCCUCACCUUGAGUACACGUAAGUAUUAGUGAAACUAUAGGUGGCGAUCAAGUAUAGUUUACACUGUAGAAUUAUAGUUAAAUUUGAGCAUUUCAUCUGAUAUUGAGAUUUCCGUGAUUUUAUGUUUUUAAAAGUUGUUUCGAGUGCGCCCUUCUACAAGAUUUAAAACAGCGAGGCGUGAUAGAAAGUGACAGUGUUAACAACAAACGUUUUUGUUCCCACAUCAUGUUCUUACCUGAUUUCUUAAUUUUCCAUUCCAGAGUCAUCAAAAAACGAGUCUGUCACUCAGCUUUUACAGUUGUGUAUAUUUCCAAGAUGUGUCUUUACCGCCAGUGACGCCAUUUUCUGUGCUAAAUUUGUACACAUGCUUCAUAAUUUGAAGACGCCGAACUUCUCAACAUUGUUGUGUUUUGAUCGGGUGAGUAUUAUCCUAUGUUAUUAUUGGUAAUGUAAGUUGUUCCUUUUUCUAGUGUAAUUAGAUAUACUUAGGCCCUCCCACGAUGUUCUUUCCAACCGAUGAUCUUUCCGAUUCCGUGGUUUACCCAAAUUGUGGGUGAAACUUUGUACAACAUCAUCAUCAACCUCGUACCCAGGUUAUUUUCUCACACACUGAAAGACCCUGAGUAUGAGGAUGCAUUAUCAUGCAUAUCACGUGUUUUGCAAUUCCUUUUCCGACAGUUAUUCAAACAACUGUCGUAUAGAAACCUUUCAGAUAUGCACUAUCGCCUUAAUUAUGACUUAUUAUACCAAUAAACGCCGGAUUGAUAGGGAUUCAACUACUUGAAAAAUGAAAAAUACAAGAAAAACUUCGACAUUUCGAGCGAAGGCCCUUCGUGAGAAAGUUAGUGACUUAUUAUACCCUUUCCUUGCGACAAAUUAUUCUGGCGGACAAAAUGUGGCAGUCACGUGACCACAAAUAACCAGGGGGUAAUGCAGAGGUAGUGAUUGAACCUGCAACCUCCAGAAUACCUGCUGACGUUCUUUACUUUUUCCAGCUUCGGGAUAUAAAAGGUUACGAGAAACGUUACGCUAGCAUUCCGAAAGAUGUCACUUCAAUGUCCAUCUGUCUCGCGCAAUUCCUUCUCGGUCUACUUUUAGCUUGUAGUAGUAAAACAAACAAUUUAUUCUGCAGUCAACAACGACAAUUUUUAGUCUCAAACUUUCACCUUCGUUCACAGUAACAGUAAAUUGAAUUUUUUAAUAUUCUUUUUAUUCUGUAGGUUUUCUCUGAUAUAUCUUAUACAGUAACUACACUGACUGAAAGCGAGGCUAGCAGAUAUGGUAUGUGUUACAUUAUGAAGCAUAUUAAUUAGUAUGUUUCGUUUAAUUCGCUCGUUUUGGGUUUGUCCAGUGAACGUACCGUGAUUAAUUCCCCAGAGUUUUUAUGCAUGUAAGAUUGGCUCUAAAUAUGUCCAUGCUUAUCGUCGAACAAUCAAAGCUCAUACUUUUCGCUAUUUUAUCACUUUGUGAUUUAAUAAAUGAACAUCGAUUAUCUCUUUGUUCUGUACGUUUCUGCUUGUUGUUUCACUGGCGUUUACCACAUCGUGUAUUUGUUAUUUCCAGGCCGUUUCUUGGCAUCUAUGCUGGAAAUUGUCAUGCGCUGGCACAAGGAUAAAAAGACUUAUGAAAAGGUAUGUUGUAUUUCAAUGUUAUGAAUUCAAUAUGGUCGUAAAACUAAAAACGACUUCAUUAAUGAUGAUUUCAUUACUGGUAGUAAUUAAUACAGUAGAAAAAAUAGCUGACGUUUGUUUUUUCCCACUGCGCAAUUUUAGACAACUCUCCAGGUGGGCGUGCUGGCCAGGGACGGAAAAACUCGUUGUGCAUGGCCCCUCGCAUCGUGGGUUUCUUAAAUUAAAAAUUGGGGGGAAAUCAAACUAAUUUCUGGAAGCGUCGUGUACUAGUUAAGACAUGAUGUACUAGAGUUACUAUAUUUUAAAGCAAAUUGCUGUAAGAACUUGAACAAGAAAGAUAUAAUUAGAGAAUAUAUGCAGACAGUAGUGAGAUGAAGAGGUUUUGUUUCCCAAGUACUGUAAAUACGUAGAUGGUUGAUUUUAUUUAUCCAAUUGUGCAUUGUUAUGUGGCCAUAACACAACAUGCUAUUAUACAGUGGGAAGAGUACAUACACCUUCUACUGCCUUCCAUGGGUAUAUUGUCAGCAUUUGUCCUUACAGUGGAUAUUACAUUCAGAAUAAUAUUACAUUGUAAUAAAAAUCUUCAAUUGGUAAAGGUGUUUAUUUCUCAACACGUCAAAUUUAGUCAAACAUUCCUUCUCUCAAAACACAUUUUGCAUUUGGAAAUCCGAAAGACCCAGCACGCUCCUCAACUCGCAAGGCUAGUUAUACUAUUGUUCCAGUGUACGGAAACAAAGUUAAGCAUUCCCAAGUAUAUGUGAGUUAUCCAUGUUGUGAAUUCGGUAGCAACACAGUUAAUAGACUGAGGGCAACGACGUAAAUAAGCGUUAGCUAAUCUCUUGUAUGAUGCUAGAUUGUAUUCCAAUCCUUAUAGCGACACUAAAUUGUGUCGCUAAGGAUUAUGUGGCAUUUACCUGGCAACAAGAUCUCGAUAUAUAGUACAUAAAACGUCGUGGAAACUUGAGAUCAUAUAUUAUUUCUUUCUCAGGAAUGUGGAAGCUAUCCUGGAUUUGUGACAGUUUUAAGAACGACAAAUACUGAUAAAGCGGAACAUCUAGAUUAUGAAAACUUCCGACAUGUCUGUCAUAAGUGGCAAUAUAAACUGACAAAGGUACUGUUAAACAAUAAUCAGUGGCAGACACGGGGCAAUCACCCCCCCCCAAUAAUUUCUGAAAGUCUUAGCUGAAUAACUCUUUAAAAAGCUGUAACAAUAAUUUUUCAACCAUGAAAGCAUUGGUCGGCUAUAGAUUAAGAAUAAAACACUGCAUGAAAUUUAAGGCAAAAGUUUUUAAGUCUUAAUUUAAUAAAGAGCUGAGAUUUUCAGCAACAAAAGGUGAUCAUAUGGUGGCGAUCUAAAUUCACAAGAUUUUGCAAAGUGUCUGCCACUGACAGGAAUCAAUGUUUUGCUGCUGUAAAAUAUUUGGAUUUGUAAAAUAUUGAAAUGAAAAAAGGAACGAGAAACGUAAUAAAAAUAGAAUACGACAAGCUAUUGGAACUUUGUAGAACACGAACCGGUAGUUGGCAUCUUUCCUUACUAUGGGCCUUUACUCGAAAGUGUUUCUAAUAUUUUUUCAAGAUGAUAAGUAUCCAUGGUUGUAAUAUGCUCAACAUAAUAUCAACCCGACUAAAUAAUUAGUUGUAAUGUGCUCAACAUAAUAUCAACCCUGCAUGACUAAAUAAUUAGUUGUAAUAUACUCAACAUAAUAUCAACCGUGACUAAAUAAUUAGUUGUAAUAUGCUCAACAUAAUAUCAACCCUGACUAAAUAAUUAGUUGUAAUAUGCUCAACAUAAUAUCAACCCUGACUAAAUAAUUAGUUGUAAUAUGCUCAACAUAAUAUCAACCCUGACUAAAUAAUUAGUUGUAAUAUGCUCAACAUAAUAUCAACCGUGACUAAAUAAUUAGUUGUAAUAUGCUCAACAUAAUAUCAACCCUGACUAAAUAAUUAGUUGUAAUAUGCUCAACAUAAUACUAAAUAGCUGUAAUAAGCUCAACACAAUAUCAACCUUGACUUUUCUUGUUUUAGGCAUUAGUUGUAUGUUUGGAAUCAAAGGAUUAUACACAAAUAAGGAACACGAUCAUGGUCUUAAUUAAGGUGAGUGUGGAGCAAACAAUUGCCGUCAUAUUUCUUGGAUUUUCUCUUGAGAAAGAAAGCAUGUUGAUAUACUGCUUAUCGCGCGUGGCAGUUCAUAAUUGCGUGGCAGCUCACAAAGGUAACAUCGAUUGCAAAUGACUAAUUGAAAGCACGCUGUUGUGAAAGAGUAUGCGAAACGUACCUAAAUGAGCCGUUAAUUCCUUGCCUAACAUCAUAGGGAAAUUUAGAUUUUAAGUCUGCUUAUAGUUUUACUGCUAGAGAUUUGCCCCCACUAGCUGAUGUUUUAUAUUGAUGCAUAUUGCCAUUGAAUUCCACUUUAUGACUACGCCUAUAGAUGGCCUAACAGACUUAUUGUAACGUCGAGCAUCAUUGAGUAGUUUCAAUUUGAAUUUCUUCUUCGUUAGUAAGAUUCGUCGUUAUUUCGAAUGAAAAGUUAAUAAAAAUCAUUGAAUCAUUGCACUUGGAUUUUGCAGCUUUGUUGCAAAUAUUUGAACAUGCAAAUGAUUUAAAGCGGCCAUGAAUUGGCAUUGCAUGCAUCCAUGCAAGCAUAUUUCUUAGUCUGUUCUAUAUUUACAUGAUUGCGCUUUGCCGGGAUGGAAAGUGUGGUUAUUGUUAUGUAUUAAGUCACGAUUCAUGUUAAACUACAGGAUCUCAUCAAUAACAUGUCAGUUCCAUGAAUCUCGGGUUCGACCUUUCGUUCAAGCCCCAAGCAAUUUCAAUUGGGCCAAAUAUUUCUUAUGGUGUCGAAAAAAAAUUUGUAGCUCGAUUCGUAGCUGUAAAACGUAAACCUAAAGACGGAGUGUUGAGAAAUAUGAUCUAUUUUGCUGGGCGAUUUCCAAGGCAACAAAACACUGCCAUACAGUUUUGAAAUAUUACUUGAAAUAAAUACUGGGAAUUGAAAAGAUGAUGAUAAUAGGGUUUGGCGUUAAGACUCCACCAGGACAGAAAAGUACUCUUGUUUGUGUCUACAUGUACACGCAUCAAUUAUCUGUGCACAUUUCAUUUUGCGUUCACACCUUUCAUUCCCGAUACUCCUUGCGGCAAUGACCCAGAGAUCCUUUACGGCCUUAAGACUGAGCAAACUGAGAUAUUUUCCAAUUAUACACGGCAUAUAUACACAGGGACUUAUAUAUAUACCUGCUCGGGUUUUACCCUCUCCUGCGGGACAACAAGCUCUUACGGUAAUGAUGUAUGUGUUUCUGUAAUGUGUUUAUUUUAAGCAUUUACUUUCAACGAGUCUGAGUUCCCAGUCCAGGUUCAAUACAUGCCUUGGAACUCUGGGUGUUUGAGCUUAUUGAUCAUUAACUUAUAACAUUGAUUUUCUUUCACGUCAGAUUCUUCCACAUUAUCCGAAAGUUUCUAACCUUGGUAUGGCCUUGGAGAGAAGAGUUGAAAGAAUUUGUGAAGAAGAGAAAGACAAGAGAAAAGAUCUUUAUGCUUUGGCAAUUGGGUAAGUUCUGUAAAAUUUCUAACACGAAAAAUUGUAUAGCACUUCAACCUCAAUUCUUAUGAUUUCAUUAAUUUUAAGCUUCGUUUUUACUAAUUAUGUAAUACAUGUAGUGUUUUUGAUGAAGUACAGUCGAACAUCUAUUAAGCGGCCCUCCAUUAAACGGCCACUCUCUAUUAAACGGCCACAUAUCGAAGUCCCGAAAUUUUUGUAAUACAAAUACUAUAAACUAUCCCUCUAUUAAACGGCCACCUCUAUUAAGCGGCCGCGGCCACCCAAACAGCGGUCCCAAAUGAUGUUUUAUGUCAAUUUUUACCUCUAUUAAGCGGCCAGCCUGCAGGAUUUUUAGAUUUAGAUAUAGGUAAUGAGAACCAUAUUGGUGUCCUAGUAAUAAAUUUAUGCCACAAUAGUCCCUAAAUGUUUGUUCAAAAGGUUUAGUGUGAAAUAUGAUAGUGUGAUGGCCUCGUGUUGUUGGCACAAUGUAUUCCUGUGAAAAAAAUGUUAUAAUAGAUGCAACUGAGAGUUAAAGAUAAAAUCUCUAUUGUAUUCUGUGAUUUAUAAUUAAAAAUAGACAUUUGACUAAGCCCAGGGUCUAUUAUUUGCGUACCUCUAUUUAGCGGCCACCUCUAUUAAGCGGCCACCUCUAUUAAGCGGCCACAAAGCCGAUCCCCGAGGGUGGCCGCUUAAUAGAGGUUCGACUGUACAUUAAUUUUGCAGGUAUGCUGGCAAAUUACGGACACAUAAAUCAGAAAUGAUUCCUGAAGGAAUGUUUCACAGGAAAGCACCUGACUCUAAAGACAAGGUAAAUAUACUUGAUCAGUAGAAAUCAAAAACAAAAAUGAGGUCAUUAGAUCAGUGAUCAUGCCUUUGUAGAGGAAAGCUCAUUGAAGGGGAAGAUUCUCCAAGUAUCAAUGCGUGACCGUUGCAAUGUUCCAUAAACCAUGACUGCAGAAGUUGGGAAGAGAUAAUGCCCAUCUGUUUAUAAACGUUCAUGGUAAUUUAUAGAUGAAUGUGAUUUCUACAAAUACAUCUCAAAAUGCAACAUCUCAAGCUGACAUUAAACAGGUACGCAUCGAUACAUGAAGCUCAUUAUAUAUAGAAUUCUUCUCAGUGUAACUGUGAUUUUAUCUUCCAGGAAGUAGAUGAGAAAGAGGUAACAUCUGAAAAACCAGGUCAGUUUAAUAUAUUUCUUUUUGCGAAAUGCAACAUAAAGAGGUGUACAGCGCGCAAAAGUCGAAUACACGCAAGAAAACAUUAGUACAAUCAUAACUUCGACAUAAACUUGCGCAAAGCCAUUUUUUCAAUAACGAGCUGGAAUCCUAAUCUUAGAUAAGGAAUUGGAAAUAUUUUAACGGGGAAUGAUUUUAGUAUAAGAAAAACCAAGCGAAUACAUUUAUUAAUACGCGCGUCUGUACAUCUUUUAUAGUUACACAAGACGAAAAGACCAAAACAAGGUAAUAUAUGUUCGUGUUUUUGCUCUUUAUGUCUUUAGUGUUAUUUGCAUUUCUGGAUUUUAUAAAUUGCGAUUAUCUUUCAAUAUUUAGUGAAUCGGUGCAAGUGAAUGAUGUUGAAGACAGCAAGUCAACAAGUAAACAAUCGUCUUCACAAAGCAUCGCUUCAGAAAAAUCUUCAUCUACAUCACUUAAGUAAGUUUCAAUUUCUGAAGAUGUAUUUUUUCAAGCAGUGUGCCUUAUAUGUUAACGCAACC